AUGUCCAAGCAGCAAAAGGUUACGCCAUAUCAAGAGCGCGUCUAUACAGCCCUCCAGAUGAUUCCGGAAGGACGCGUCACGACCUACGCCGCCAUGUCAAAGGCCUUGAACAGCUCCCCUCGUGCGGUAGGCGGCGCGCUGCGUGUCAAUCCGUUUUGUCCAGAGGUGCCGUGUCAUCGAUGUAUCGCCAGUACUGGUUUCGUUGGCGGAUACAAGGGUGACUGGGAGAAAGCCCCCAGCGGACAGAACCAAAACUCGAAAUUGCAGCUGCUAAAAGACGAGGGGGUGGUGUUUGACGACAAUGGGUUUCUGGUAGACAAGACCUUGCUGUGGGAUGAAUUCAACGUGGAGAAGUUGAGGUGA